CUUGACAUCAUGCCAAAAUGUCUGUCGCUAGCUUCGCGUUAACCAGCGACCGGAAGGAAGCACGUCACCGGACCACAAACGCGGAAACGCGGGAACGCACGCAUCGCACAUUCGGAGGGCGACUUCGUGUUUGUGGGCCGGGCCCAUGAACUUUCGGGGUUGGGUCGCCUUUGUUAAACUCCCGCCUGCCUCCCUCCUCCUGUUGUCUUCUGGGUCUUCCCGUCGUCCGUUUGUUCACGCCACCGGUCCCGAGACAAGCACGUGUGUUGUUAACAUGGCGGAGGAGGCGAAGAAACAAGCCGCCUACACGGCGGUGGACAACCACGUACAGAACAAUCAGGUGGUCGGAAUCGGCAGUGGUUCGACCAUCGUCUAUGCAGUGGACAGACUCGCGGAGCGGGUGCGUCAGGAGAAGCUGAACAUCAUCUGUGUGCCCACCUCCUUCCAGGCCCGCCAGCUAAUUCUGAAGCACGGACUGAUGCUGUCGGAUCUGGACAGGAACCCUGAGCUGGACGUUGCCAUCGACGGGGCGGACGAGGUGGAUGCAGAUCUGACUCUGAUCAAAGGCGGAGGCGGCUGCCUGACUCAGGAGAAGAUCGUCGCCGGCUGCGCCCGCCAUUUUGUCGUCAUCGCGGACUACAGGAAGGACUCCAAAGUGAUGGGCGAGCAAUGGAAGAAAGGCGUUCCCAUCGAGGUCGUGCCCAUGGCCCACGUGCCCGUCUCCAGGAAGAUCGUCCAGCUUUUCGGAGGGGGGGUCAACUUGCGGAUGGGUGUCAGUAAAGCUGGUCCCGUGGUGACGGAUAACGGCAACUUCAUCCUGGACUGGAAGUUUGAGCGCGUUCACCGCUGGAAGGACGUCCACCAAGCCAUCAAGAUGAUUCCGGGGGUGGUGGAGACGGGGCUGUUUGUGGGCAUGGCGGAGCGCGCCUACUUUGGCACGGAGGACGGGCGCGUGGAGGUACGCCAGGCGUCCGUCCACUGACGGCCCCCGCCGGGGCUCAUCUUGCCACUUUCCUUCCGGAACACCGUUUUAUCAUCCCGAUUUUACAAGGAAACUGUCCGAUGUGCACAACUGACACGUCUUUUAACUCCGUGGGGAAUUCCAGGCAAGUUUUUCAUCAUCUCAUAUCGACAAAGCGGCGUGGAGGGGAGGAGGUAGAAAUAUUUUGACGCUCCUCGAUCUCUUUUCGUGGACACGGCGACCUGUCGUUGCUGUGCUAAGCUUCCUGUUUCAAGUGGGAUUCAAUUCAAGUGUAAUUUUAAAACCACACCGUUCCUAAAACGUCACGGACGUUUGUCAGCAAUCCAGUAUUUGGCUUUUGAAUGUCAGCCCAAAAAGUGGCGCACAGGAGAACAUACCCCGAUGUGCCUUGAUGUAGUAGCUGCUGUUGUAUUUAGAAGGAAGUCAAAUAAAAACACUGAGAUGUCAUAAUAUGAAAACCGUGUAUGCACACAGGGCGCUUCCUGUGUCUCCACUUCACGCAAAAAAAAAAAAUCCCCCUUGCCUUUUCUCGGUGUUGUUUUAAGUGUCAUUGCAACAUGUUCCGCUACACCAAAGUCUGUUUUGCACCAGCUUUUUAAAAAUCAUUCCAAUGUGACUGUAAAUGAUUUUAUUUUUUUUAACGGUACUCCCCCCCCCCCCCCCCAAUAAUACAACACCAAAGUCAUGCAUGUGCCUGUUUCUAACUUUUCAAAUAAACUUGAUCAUGAUAUAAA